ACAUGCCAUAUGAGCACCUGUUUCUACUAAUUGAAGAACAUGGGAAACUUCCACUGGAUCUUAAAGAAAUAAUCAUAUCCAGGCUUCAGAUGGAACUUUCUAAAGUUUGCCCGAGCAUCAGCAGGUUGGCAAACAGCAAUGAGGUUCUCUGUCGAAGACCUUCAGUGGAGGAGCAUCUAAGUUCAGAAAGUGCGAAAAAUAUUGCAAAUAAAAUGCCUUUUGCAAAAAAUGUGUUCAUUCAGUUGGCAAAAAGACAACAUAAAUAUGCUGAAAGUGGCAACAGUUUUAUCUUGGAAAACAAACCAGAAUUGCAUCUAGAAACAAGUGAGAUGAAGAAACUGUGUAAAUGUGGUGACUAUAAAAAGAAUUUCACACAUACUAAUACCUUUGCAACUUACUUCCAGGAUCACACCAGGAAGAGACUGAAGUAUAGUGUUCAUUCUUAUAAAAGUUCCAGACUGUUUGGAUGGAUUAAAAGAAGGGAGAGACUGUAUGAUUGUAAAGAAGCCUGUCAGAAAAUUUGCACUGAAAAUAAAACGUGUAAAUGUGGCAGAUGUGAAAUGAGCAUCAAACAGAAACGUGAAUUGAUGGAGCAUAAGAAGAUCCGUACUGGAAAUGAUGGUUCUGUUCAUACAACAGAAUUAAGAAACCCUAAGCAUUUGGAGAAAAUGAGAAGGAAAAUGCGCCUCAGACAUCCAACAUGCAAUAGUGGUGGUGUUACACUGAUGAGUAGCCUGACAUUCCACAAGGAAGGCCACGCUGCAAAGAAACCCCGUAAAUGUGGCUCAUGUGACAUGAGUUUUACACAGAAGAGCAGUCUUGCAGUUCAUGAGAGAAUCCAUAUGGGGGUCAAGCCUUAUGAAGAGAGUUUUACAUGGAAAGACAACUUAUUUGCUCAUGAGGCGCUCCAUGCUAGAGUAUAUCAUUAUAAAUGUUCAACGUUUGGCAAGAGUUUUACACAGAAACACAACCACAGAGUUCAUAAGAAAAGGCACACAGGAGAGCUGCUGUAUAAAUGUGCAACUUGUUGCAAGAGUUUUACCAAAAAGAGCAGACUGACAGUUCAUGAGAGAAUACACACCGGUGAAAAACCUUAUACAUGUACAACAUGUGGAAAGAGUUUUAGACAGAAGGGCAGCUUAAUGACCCACAGGAAACACCACACAGGAGAGCAGCCAUAUAAAUGUGGAACAUGUGACAAGGGUUUCAUAUUCAAGAACAGUCUCCUAAUUCAUGAAAGAGCACACAAGGGGGAGAAGCCUUAUACUUGUGCAAUAUGUGACAAGAGUUUUACAGAGAAGAACAACUUAAUGAGCCAUGAGAGGCUACACACAGGACAGCAGCUUUAUAAGUGUGUAACAUGUAACAAGAAUUUUACAAAGAAGAGCAAUCUCACAGUUCAUGAGAGAAUACACACGGGGGAGAAGCCUUAUAAAUGUGCAACAUGUAGCAAGAGUUUCACUAAAAAGAGCACACUCACAGGUCAUGAAAAAAUGCACAUAGGGGGGAAGCCUUAUAAAUGUGCAGCAUGUGGCAAGUGUUUCACACGGAAGUAUACCUUAUUGGACCAUGAGAAGCUCCACACUGGAGAGAUGUUGUAUAAAUGUGGAAUAUGUAGCAAGAGUUUCACCAAAAUGAACAAACUAACAGUUCAUGAGAGAGUACACACAGGUGAAAAGCCUUAUAAAUGUGCAACAUGUAGCAAGAGUUUCACCAAAAAGGAAACACUCUCAGUUCAUGAGAAAAUGCACACAGGAGAGAAGCCUCACAAAUGUACAGCAUGUGGCAAGAGGUUUACAGCAAAACUAUUUCUUACAUGCCAUGAGAGAAUCCACACAGGUGAGAAGCCUUAUACUUGUACAAUAUGUGGAAAGAGUUAUACACAGAAAGGUAGCUUAAUGACCCAUGGAAAAAUCCACACAGGAGAACAGCCAUUUAAAUGUGCAACAUGUGGCAAGAGUUUCACAUUGAAGAGCUGUCUCAAAGUUCAUGACAGAACACAUACGGGGGAGAGGCCAUUUAUAUGUGCAAUAUGUGGCAAGUGUUUUGCAUGGAAGAACAGCUUAAUGAGGCAUCAGAAGCUCCAUGACUAUUUUGUGUAUCUUUUUGCAAAGUGUGAUAUACUUGUGGCUGAAGGUCUGUAUACUGAAAGGCACAUUAAUGUGGCAAGAGAUCAAAUCAUUGCCUUCUUUAAAUUAUUUGUUUCUCGUCUCUAUUUCAUGAAACAUUAUUUUAAGAUUCAGUUUUCUACAAAACAGCUUCAGAUCAGUGAUGGCAUUGAUAAUGUUGCUUCUAUUAUGUGGAAUAAAGAACUCCUAACACUUGACAAUAGUAUCAAGGAAGAUUCUGAAUUUGUUAGAUACAAAUAUGAGUAUUCUAGAAUUUUUUCUAGUAUUGAUGCCACUAUUAUUAAAUUGAUUAACAACAAAAAAAAGAAGAUUAAUAGAGAUAUUCAAGAAUAUAGGGGUAACAAAGCUUAUCCCCGACCUCCCAUAUUUUUUAAUAAACUACAAGGUGGUACGGUGCCAAGGAACACUGAAGGAGAACUAUUGAAUAUAGUGGAUGCUCAGCCUAAUUUACAGUUGGACAAUUACGAAGACGAACCCGUGACCCUUCGUCGGAGUGAAAGGCUUCUUAGUAACUCUAACAAGUCUGUUAAUACGAACUUUAACAGAGUUGGGUUUUCCCAGAAACAAGAAAGCCAACAAGGCGAAUGGACAGGGCAAGAAUUACCAGGGCAAUUACAGGAAUCGGAGCUCACAACGCAGGAGAUGAUAGACCAUUUUUCUGAUCCACUGGUUCUUAUUGACUCCAAAGGGGACUUUAAAAUUUAUAACUACACGUCCUUUGUUAUUGACCCUGAGUUAGUUGAGUUCUUUUCUAAGGGCUUAACUUUUGUCCCGGAUACACGUUUGGACUUGGUGAGGACAAUUAUUGACCUUAAACUAUUUAUUAGAAAACUGAAUUUAAAGCUAUUGAUGGGUAAUGAUACAAUUGCAUCCAGUUCACUUAGGGUUCCUAGUGUUUAUAAUCCACCUUUGCAUGAAACCUUACGCCUCUUUGAAAAAAUGUGUGAGUUUGAUUUAAGGGCUCUUGAAUCUGAGAAGCUUUUUCAUAGGCGACCUGCUAACAUCACCAAACACCAGCGUGAAUUUCUGGGUUUACUGAAAAAUUGGUACAAUAUCUCAAAUGAGCACCUAUUUUUGCUGCUUGAAAAACAUGGGGAACUUGUACCAGAUGUUAAGGAAUGUGUUAUGGCCAGGCUUCAGCAGGACCUUUGUGAAGACUUCCCCAGCAUGAGGUUGGCAGACUACAGUGGGAUUUGCUGUCAGAGGCAGGACCAUCUGAACUCCGAAGAUGACAAAUAUGCCACUGAUGAAAAGUUAUUUUCAAAACAUGGGGUUGUUCUGAGAAAUGGACAGCAUGAUUGUGUUGAAAAUGGCAAGAGUCUUGGCCAGAAAAAUGAAACCAUGAUGCAUUCUAAUGCGAUGAAGAAACUAUGCAGAUGUGGCACAUAUAAAAUUAAUUCUACAUGUUAUGGUACAGUCAUAAAAUGUUGUCAAGCUGAUAACAGGGAGAAAAGUAAGAUUAAGGUCCAUUCAUACCACAUUAUUAAAAAUUCCAGAACUCUUGAAGGAAACAAAAGAAGGGAGAAGCACAAGGAGUGUUUUGUAGUAUGUCAAAAAACUUGUGCUAAAAAAAAAUCUUACAGAUGUUUCAAAUGCAGAAAGGGCUUCAUACACAAGUGUCAACUGAUGAGACACAAGAAAAUCCAUAGUGGGGAAAAAACAAAAGACUUGAUGAAAUUAAACCACGUGAAAAAUGUGUAUAAGUGUGUUACAUGUGACAAGUGUUUCACGACAAAGCACAACCUCAAAGUCCAUAAGGCAGUACAUAAAAGAAAAAAAACCUACAGGUGCUCAACAUGUGAAGAGAGCUUUACAAAAAAGCAUUCCUUGAUAAUUCAUGAGAAAAGCCAUGGUGGGAAGAAGCCAUACAAGUGUGCAACAUGUGGCAAAAAUUAUGCACACAAAGGAUCCCUUACUGUUCAUCAGAAAAUUCAUGGCGGAGAGAAGCCGUAUAAAUGUGCAACAUGUGGCAAGGGUUUCAUACGGAGAUAUAUAAUUGCAAUACAUGAAAAAAUCCACAGUGGGAAUAUGCCAUACAAGUGUAAAAUAUGCAACAAGAGUUUCAUGCAGAGGAAUCAUCUUACAGACCAUGAGAGAAUACACACAGGGGAGAAGCCUUUUAAAUGUGCAACAUGUGACAAGAGCUUCAUUCAGAAGAAUCAGCUAACAGUCCAUGAAAGAAUACACACUGGGGAGAAGCCAUACAAGUGUUCAGCUUGUGACAAGAGUUUCACACAAAAGUAUCAACUCACUGUUCAUGAGAGAAUCCACAAAGGGGAGAAACCAUACAAGUGUGCAACAUGUGAUCAGAGUUUCAGAGUCAAGCAUCAGCUCACAGUCCAUAAGAGAAUUCACACAAGGGAAAAACCCUAUAAAUGCACAGAAUGCGACCAGAGCUUUGCAACAAAGCAUCAACUUACAGCACAUGGUGGAAUUCAUAGUAAGGAGAAACCAUAUAAAUGUGAAAUAUGUUCCAAGAAUUUUACUCUGAAGAGCUAUCUCACAUCCCAUGAAAAAAUUCAUACUGGUGAUAGACCACAUAAAUGUACAACAUGUGGCAAAAGUUUUCUCACCAAGCGCUAUCUCAAAUGCCAUGAGAGAACCCACACUGAUGACAAAGUGUUACAUUGGGGAUUAUACAAACAGUACAAUAUACAGGUAGUUGAGGAACAGUGGGAACGUGAACCCGAAAGAAUUACUAAAAAUGAGGGACUAACCUCUUGGGAUUAUAUCAUGCCAGCAGUCAAGGAAGAAGCAAGAGAAGCAUAUACUGUAGUUGAGGAAAAAGACAAAAGUAGCACUGAUUAUUGAAAUAAAGUAAACCUAGGAACUACAUCAUCUUGCAUACUGAUAGACCUUUACAAAAUAUCAAGACAUGCAAGCAGAAACUGAAGGAAUGUGGAAGACAACUAAGAUAGUUCCAGCAGUAGGAAGAGCAGCAGGGCUAUACAGUAUAGGUAACACUGUAUGAACUACAGCAGGAAGCAAUUCUGGGUACAUUAUAGGUGGUGAGAAGAACACUCUUGGCAAAUAACACAGAUUGACCCAGUACUGAUUUCAUGAACUUCUAAUUAUACCCUGAUUUGGGAAUGGGAUCCAUUCCUGUCAGAAUAUUAACCCCCCCCAAACAUUUGGAAAAUUUUAAAAAGGGAGAAAAGGAAAAGAUAAAUGGAGUAGAGUUUUACAGAUAAGAGGGAAGAAAGGCAAUAAUAAAAGAAGUAACACGAUUAAUGCAUUCUGGAAAAAUAUUGGAAAGGACUCUUUCAACCAGAAUAAGUAUGCGGAGUGGAUAGAAAAGGUAAAAAGUUAUAAAAUGGGGGAAAUGGCACAAGCUGAAGUUACUCCUAGUGUAGGGGUGACAGGCCUCGGUAUUGCUAAAUGAUUCUGCAUGCUUCUUUUAGUACACCUGUCAUUACCAUGAUUCAUAGACAAGGAUUGCGCUAAUGGCAGGGAGAUGCAAAAGAAAGGCAGUAUCUUUGAAUUAUGCACUGUGUACUUUAAAAUCACAGACUGAAUCAUUGUGUAACAUAACAGCACAGCAGGGACUAGCCACUGGUCGAGGUAUGAUGAGCCUAACAUACCCUGCUCUGUAGUUUGUCUCUAAUCUGGCAUGCUGCACUGCCAUGCCACACUCAGAUUCCUAAAACUUUGUCAUUCAUCAGAUAUGACAUCAGAGAUGGGGACAUUGUUGUGGUGUUGUGAUAAGGGGAUUUAGUGCACUGAGAACUACCAGUGGUGGAGGCUGAGCAGCGACACUGUUGGGGAUGAAUGAGAACAGUGUUUUUGUGAUACCAGGAUUGCCUGCACCAUGGUAAACUCCAUUGCAAGUAGAGUUUUCCUACUGUACAAAAGUUUUUUUUUAAACAUUCAUGGAUGUUGUUGUCUAGCUGCAUAUGCAGAGGAAGGACAAUUAAUUCAAUCAGAAUCACUAUACCAGCUGUAGGUAUGUGGUUGUAGUCCCUAACAUUAUGCAACUGGGGCCAGCCUAUACACAGUUGUAGUGUGGCUGAGUCUUGUAUAUUCUUGCAGGGGGUGGGAGAGGGGCUGGUUAAUUGCAUGUUUGAUCGAUUGCGAGACCACUGUGGUUACACAGUGGUUUAAAUCCAAGUGCAGUGUCUUACCCCAUUGUGUAGCAGUCUUUAUGAUUUGUAUGCUGUGUUAGUAUUCUGUUGCAUUCCAACCCUACUUUAUUGCACAAUAUUCAUGAAUCCUGUCUAAAGGCUGCCAACUAGAAAACCCUGAGUCAAGCUAUAGCACAUAGCUUCUGCCUAAAAGCACUAACUUCUGUGCACCAUUAUUUAGCCUUAAGUAAAAACCACUGAAAUGAUAAUAGCCUGCUUAGCAAUGGAGAGAACUACACUUCUUAAAAGCGAAUGUGCAAACCUUUCUAAUUGCUGUUUGGUUACUUGCUUUUUGGCAUUGUUUAUAGGUAGAUAUUAGGCUGUCUAAGAACCAUUUUAAGCCUAGCCAAGCUUACCCCCAAUUUAACAGUGUUACUGGAGUGUCAAGGAAUUUUAUGGUCACAAUGUAGGCUUAUACACAUCAAGCAUUUACAGUCUAUCCGUGGCCAUUAUGGACAUAGGUGCCAAACCAGGAGUAAAUUUGCAACUUCCCAUCCAUUGGUCCAAGUGUUUAAACAGAGUUAGGGAUGAGCUUUGUUUCACAUGUAUAUGAAGCCUCUUUCAGAGAAGAGGCAAUCUUUGAGAAACAUACCUUUUCCUUCACUAUGUUCUGUUUAUGUCGCAGAUGAGGUUUUAGGUCCUUAGAACAGGUAUUUCUGAUGCUGUUUUUGUGGUUGUGCUAACUGUGUAACUUCAGGGACACACAACAACAUACCUAGCUGGUGUAGAAUUUGAGUUGCACAUAGGGAUUGCAUAUACACUCUGCAGUCAUGCAACUGAAACUUCAAUCAUAACAACAGAACAGAAAGGUAAGAAGAGAAAAUUGGGGUUCAAAAGGAUAAUCUUUACUAAACAAAACCAUAAUGAGGAGCCAUUACAAGGGCCAGAACCUUAGUAUGGCAGCGUUAGAUUACAAAAAAAAGAUCUCACUUAACAGCAUUUUGUUUUUAAAUCCAGAUUACUUGCAUAUGUAUGAUUCAUGACAGUUAGGAAAAGUGACAAAACUUUUACAACUAAACGUGUGAUGCUAAUACUACUACUCCAGCAGGGUUAAAUAUUCCUAUGUGAUUCCUAAUUAUUUGUGCGUAGUCCAUUAAGGUAUUUACUCAACAGAUGAGAUUGUGGAUGCAGCUUGAAUACAGGAAAACAGCCAUCAAAUGGCAUUCUACUUACUAGAUGUAGAUGAUUUUAAGACUGUAUAGUUAAUUUAACAAACGUUUAAAUGUACAGCUGCAAGUAAUUAAAUCUUUUUUAGAUGAAAUAACAUUGAUAUUAGGCCUUGAUAAGUCUGUGAAAGCAAGAUUUAUGGCUAGAUUUAAAAUGAGAAAGAUGUUCUUCGUGUUUCACUGUUGCAGUCAUCACACUUGGGUUAUCUGCCUGCAAGCCCAAA